AUUAUGAAAUAAAAAGAAAUAAUAAAAAGAACAGAGGAGAAGGUUUUCUCUCUCUUCUUGGGUCUGAAUCUGUUUAUUAUUCGUUGCUUGGGUUGGCACAAACAAACCCUAAGACAUUAGAGACGAAGCCUCUCAAUCUCCUCUCAUCUCACUUGAAAUCGUAUAAUCUUUAAGGCACAUGCGUCUCCUCCUGAUUACUUUGUCCGCCAGGGGAAUACAACUUAUCAAGACGAUCUAUUUUUGAGGAAGAGGACAAGGAUGCGUCGGUGGCUUUGUUGCACUUGUCAGGUGGAGGAGUCUUACCCAUCGAACGAGAAUGAACACCUGAAGAGCCCAAGGAAUUAUGGAGACAGCAACCAAAAAGGCUCAAAGGUGUCAGCUCCUGUCAAGCCUGAAACACAAAAGGCACCACCGCCUAUUGAAGCUCCAGCCCUAUCUUUAGAUGAGCUGAAGGAAAAGACUGACAACUUUGGUUCGAAGGCAUUAAUCGGUGAAGGAUCGUAUGGAAGGGUGUAUUACGCAACCUUAAACAAUGGAAAAGCAGUGGCUGUGAAAAAGCUUGAUGUUUCAUCUGAACCCGAAUCAAAUAACGAGUUUUUGACCCAGGUUUCCAUGGUCUCAAGAUUGAAGAAUGAUAAUUUUGUUGAGUUGCACGGGUACUGUGUUGAAGGAAAUCUCCGUGUGCUUGCAUAUGAGUUUGCUACUAUGGGCUCUCUUCAUGACAUAUUGCACGGUAGAAAGGGAGUUCAAGGUGCACAACCAGGGCCAACACUUGAUUGGAUCCAGCGAGUUAGAAUCGCAGUUGAUGCGGCCAGGGGAUUGGAGUAUUUACAUGAGAAAGUUCAGCCACCAAUUAUACACAGGGAUAUCAGAUCAAGUAAUGUGCUAAUCUUUGAAGACUACAAGGCUAAGAUAGCUGACUUUAACCUCUCCAAUCAGGCCCCUGACAUGGCUGCACGCCUUCAUUCAACUCGUGUAUUGGGAACUUUUGGUUAUCAUGCUCCAGAAUAUGCAAUGACUGGGCAGUUGACUCAAAAAAGCGAUGUCUAUAGUUUUGGUGUUGUUCUUCUUGAGCUUCUUACUGGAAGAAAACCUGUUGACCACACCAUGCCUCGAGGACAGCAGAGUCUUGUCACAUGGGCUACUCCACGAUUGAGUGAAGAUAAAGUGAAACAGUGCGUUGACCCAAAACUGAAGGGAGAAUACCCCCCUAAAGGAGUUGCUAAGCUUGCAGCUGUUGCAGCACUGUGCGUGCAGUAUGAAGCUGAGUUUAGGCCGAAUAUGAGCAUUGUUGUUAAAGCACUCCAACCACUUCUGAAGACUCCUGCUCCUGCUCCAGAAAGUUAAAGCAAAUGAAAUGGUUCACUUUGGUUUCUGCAUCUUCUGCACAGCUCGAUUCAAUUAUCUCCAGAUUUCAUCAAAUACUGCAGAUAUAUCUAUAUUUUUAUUUUUGUUUGAGAUUGGAUGUGUAGGAUUUAAUUGGCUCGUUUCAUGUCAUUGUUAAAUUCCAUGUAUUUAUGGCGUCGCACUUGUUGUGCCGAGUCUGCUGACAUAUAUAGAGCCAUGAUGCCACAUAGGUUUGGGUUGCGUGGUGCAUAUCUGUGGGUAAUGUUGUUUGUCAGUUAACGUUAAUGCCCCCAUAUUCUUUAUUUGUUUCUUGCUAUCAAACUGAGCUGAUACAUGUCUUGAAAACCCAUCACUUCUUCUUCUAUCUAUUUUUUUUCUUGUUC